ACUUCCGUUUCUUUCCUCUUGUCCACCGCGUUCUCCAAAACCUCUUUGACGCCGCACCCGCACAGCACGCCGGCGGGCGGCGGCCAUGGCGUACCUCCCUCCCCACAAGCGCCACUCCAGCACCACAGCCUCCACGCCCACCCCCGCGCCCAACCCGCCACCUCCGUCCCUCUCCUCCUCCCUCCGCUCCCUCUCCCUCUCCUCCCCGCGAGGCCGCGGCCGCGGCGCCGGCGGACGCCACCCGCGCGCUUCUACUUCUACAAAGAUCAUCCACGCCGCCGGAUGCAUCUCCCGUUGGUCCCCGCUACCGCCCUUCUCCCCUGGCGGCGACGGCGAGGAGUACACCCUCCGCCUCGAGCCCUUCGCUUGCGCCCCCAUCGAGCACAGGACCGGCGCCAAACCCCUUGCCCUCGUCGUCGCCUCCACCCCAGGAGAAGGCUCCUCCGGAUCCACUACGGCGGCGGUCACUGCCAUCGCCGAGAGGUUCCUUCCCGAUCUCCUUGCCGCUGCGGAGAGGACCAAGGUAGAGGGCGCGCCUAAGGAUGAGUUGGUUAAGCUGAGUCUCGUGGCAAGGCUGGGAAAGGUGCUCUUCGAGUGCCAGCCCGGUGGAUCGCCCGUCUCACUGGACACACUCCGCCAGGCAGCAAAAGCAGGGGAAGAUGGUUCCAAGAGCCAGUUGCGUAAAUCGUUCUACACCAGUAUGCCUAGUGAGUGUCUGGAUGAUAUGGAGCGAUCCAUGGUGAAGAGUAUGGGGCUGGAUUUUGAUUCGUCCAAGGAGCACUACCAUGUGAAGGUGUUUGACAAGAAUCAAAGUGAUUCUACAAUAUCUUGCAAAUGCACCAUGGAGGAAGAUGGUAGCCUUGCUAUCCAGAAGGUUGAAUUGAAUCAGGUACGCCACUUGGUGGAAGACAUAUCCUGUCUUUUCAAAGGUCUUGAUCUAAGGCUGAUGUUGUGUAAGAAAAGGAUCCUGAAAAACUUAGAUUCUGAAGUGGAAAAUGCUGUAAAGAGCUUGGUGUCUGCUGCUAUUAUUGAUCCUAAUGUGAAAGGGGGGAUUAGAUGGCCACUUGGAAAGGAGUCAAUUGGUGAGAGGUUCAGCAUAGUUGGGGUGUGGCACACAAACUACAAAGCUUUCAGAAAUGAAACCAUGAGGCUCAAGCUAAGGCAUGCUGACAGAUUCGAUCACCGGAGCUCGACUGGGGAAGUUUCAAAUGAAGUUACAUUCAAACUAACUGCCAUUUCUCGCAAACUGGAGGAAGAUGACCCGGUGGAGAACUCUGUGAAGGAGAUGCUGGAGUCUGCGGUCCAAAUGAUUUGGGACAAUGCGCUGAACUACCAGAUCGUACCUUGAGCUUGGCUAUGCAGACAAUAGUUCUUCCUUGGAGAUGCAACACGCGAGUUGAUUUCUUUGAGCGCCUCUGUAUAUAGCGUCCGUUUUGUCAUGAUCUGUCACCUGCGAUGGUUAGACCUGAGUGCUGAAAUAUGGGAUUUGGUUGUUUGGCAAGUUCUACUUGCUCCAAGAAUCUGACCAGUGGCCACAAUAAAUUGGAGUUGAUUUCAGCACAACUUGUUGAUUGCUUUGCUUGCGGUCGUA